UGAUUUUAACGUAAAUGAAUUGCUCUUGGGAUUUAUAUCGUGAAAUUCACGACUUUUUCAUGUCUUCCUAUUUGUUUGCUGGAUCUUUAGCCCUCCAAUACGUAUCCAGCCCAUGAACGCCGAUGGUUUUGGGUCUAUUAAUUCUUCCAUUUUUUCUGUUUAUCUUAUUAACAUGUAGACACGGAGCUGUAUAUAUUACAGAAACUGAUUUGACAGCUCGUCUGUUUAUUUUCCUUAUUUUAGUACAAUUCUUGCUCUGUCGGUCGCAGUAAAUAAGGGGCCGGAUAAAUAUUUUAGAAGUUUUGGCAAUGCGUCCAAAUCACUUUCCCGUUAAAUCUAGCCAGCAAGAAGAGUAAAAAAACGAAAGAAAGGAGGCUACAGCAUUUGUUUGAGAAAGACUUGCGUUGUUUAGGUUCCAUUUUUCAAUGGUGUUUAUUUCUGACCAUGCCAAGAAGUUUCUUCCUGGCAUUGACUCGGUGGUGGUUGUGAUGCCUGAAUAAGAAUAACAUAGCUUAAUUUUGUGACCUUCAGCUUUGUUUCCAGAUUGCUCUCUCUCUCUCUCUCUCUCUCUCUCUCUCUCUCUCUCAUUUAAUCUUUUUUUUUUUCCUUUUUCAUGGUGGGGGUUUAAGGUUACGUUCGUUUUGGUAGUUGUAGUGUCUUAUCGAUGCUGGGAAAAUAUUUUAUUUUGUUUUUCCUUGUUUACACGAUUCAAAAGUGAUGUGGUAGAUCUACAAGAAAGCUUAUUGUAUGCUCAAAUUUAAGCCCACGUAGGCUUAUAUAUAUAUAUAUAUACAUAUAAUAAUAUAUAAAUAGAAAUAUAUAUAGCUCCCGUAAUUCAAUUUUCAUUUGCAUCCAUUCCAGGUAAAGGUACAUCCACGAAAUGAAAGAACAAAACUUAAAAUUUGCACUGACUGAGGAUCUGGAUUCUGUGAUGUUUGGAGAUAUACAAAUGAUAUAAUAUAUAUUUAAUCCUUUUUCCUAUUUGCAGGUCGAAUUUAGAUACAUUUUCUGGAUAUUGGAAGCUAUAUCAACCCUUCUAAAACAUCUGAGUGCAAAUUAAAUGAUGUUCAGUCCUCUGCUAUAGAUGCAGUGGAGCAUUGGAAAUGAGAAGUUUCCAGGAAGCUUAUGCUUGAUGGACUGCAAGCCCAGCAGCAGUGACAAGAAGACGUUGAAGAGGUGGUUUUUUAUAGACAAAAGGGUUGGGUAAACAAAUCCUGGAAUAAGGCGCUUGAUUCUGCAUUUUGGCUCACAGGCAAUUUACAUUGUACACGUUAACCCCUUUUCUAGUCGCUGAAUCCCAAGUAAUCUGAAUUCAAUGGACCUGAAAUCAAAUCAUUGUUCUCCGGUUUUAACUGAUCCUGCACCAAUAAACAAGUCAAGACUCGGCAUCCAUUCUAGUUUGUUGCCUUACUCGCAGCAAGGAGCUACGUUCUCCUCCAGUAAGUAUGUAACUAUUCCAAGGAAAAAGCCUGCAAAGCUUGAUGAUGUUCGGUCUAAUGGUUGGUUGGAUGCCAUGAAGUCCUCUUCUCCCCCUCGGAAAAAGCUAAUAAAGGAUCUGAGUGUUGAGGUGGCUUUAGAUGAUGCUGAUAUUGCUUAUUGCUCCUGGAUGCUGAAGUAUCCAUCAGCACUCAACUCUUUUGACCAAAUUACAAAUUAUGCAAAGAACAAAAAGAUCGCAAUCUUUUCAGAUUAUGAUGGUACUCUUUCUCCAAUAGUAGAUGACCCAGAUCGUGCCCUUAUGUCUAAUGAUAUGCGUUCUGCUGUAAGAAAUGUUUCAAAGUUUUUUCCGACAGCAAUCAUCAGCGGAAGAAGCCGUGAUAAGGUAUAUGAACUGGUAGGACUAACAGAACUCUGUUAUGCUGGAAGUCAUGGGAUGGAUAUUAUGGGCCCUCUCAGUCACACAGUAUCUGAUGACUAUCCAAAUUGUAUUAAAUCUAAUGACCAACAAGGUAAGGAGGUAAAUCUUUUCCAGCCGGCUAGGGAAUUUUUACCCAUGAUUGACGAGGUUUUUAGAACCCUCGUUGAGAAUACCAAGGGGAUCAAAGGCGCAAAAGUUGAGAAUCACAAGUUUUGUGCCUCUGUACAUUACCGUAAUGUAGAUGAGAAGAAUUGGCCUACUAUAGCACAAUGCGUUCAUGAUAUUCUAAAGGACUACCCUCGAUUGCAGUUAACUCAUGGGCGGAAGGUUUUAGAAGUCCGUCCUGUGAUUGACUGGAACAAGGGAAAAGCAGUUGAAUUUCUGCUUGAAUCUCUCGGGCUAAGUAAUAGGAAUGAUGUGCUUCCAAUCUAUAUUGGAGAUGAUAGUAGUGAUGAAGAUGCAUUCAAGGUAUUGCGGGAGGGUAAUCGAGGUUAUGGAAUACUGGUAUCCUCUGUCCCUAAAGAAACCAAUGCAUUCUACUCUCUCAGGAACCCUGACGAGGUCAUGAAAUUCCUCAACUCUCUGGUGACAUGGAAGCAUGAAGCAGCUAAAUGAUCUACUUAUAGCGGUAGUCAUUAUUUCUGAAUUUUAUAUUUCUUAAUAAACCGAGGCUAUUGGAGCAGCUCUGCAUUAUUUAGUACCUGAAUUGGCAUAUGAGUUUUUCCUUCUUUUUUUUUUUUUUUUGGUAAGUAUUUGCAGCUUUUAUCUUUGUAAAGUCUUUUGGGCCAAAAGGGGUCUAAUUAAUAGUAUGCACAUUUCAGUCCCAUUUAUUGAGUUGAUUAUUUUA